UGCGAUGUCUAAAUUUGAUAAACAAAUGAUUUCAGUCAAAAUGGGUUUUUUAAAAUUUCAGAGAGAAUGAAAUUAGCUAUAUACUACUAAGUUCUGAAAAAAAUUAUUUAGAAAUAUACUCUUGCUAUCACCUCAUAGCACAUAGCACAUAGCACAUAUACUCUUGCUAUCACCUCAUAGCACAUUACUUUGUCUACUUGAGAUACGUCCUACUUUGCAGGUAUAUAAAAACGCGAUAUAAGCACUUCAAAAACUUUAUUCCUAAUAUCCUUUACCAAAGUGCCACUAAUUGUCAUUUUUAUAGUGGGGGAAAAUCCUGCUAUAUUUAUUAUAUACAGGGAAUAAUUAUAUUCCCUAUAUAGUCAGUUAACUAAAUGUAAAUGUAAUGAAUAAAUUAAUAUAUUUGCAUGCAUUGGUUUUUUUUUUAAUUCUGAAGCUGCCAACCUUUUGCUCUUAGCAAGAGUUCCCUUCCCACCAAUGUGGUUUUGGUGCCAAAAUUAUGUAAAAGAGUAAAUUUCUGAAGAUACAGGAUCACAGCCUGAGAUAUUUAAGUAUCUAUUUAGGCUGAAAUUUAUUUUAACCUCAGCAGUUGAGCAAAUGUGAUAACCUUGUGCCUCACUGAACUGGUAUAGGAUUCUCCAUAGACUUCAGAAUAUGGGAAAGCAGUAAGGAUUCACAAGAAUGUAGAGUCUUCAAUGCAUUGGAGAGAAUGGGAUAAUGCAUUCGCCUAAUUAGUCCUACCCAUCUAAUAACUGAAACAAAAGAAGUUUGAAGAUGAUCAAAUGCUUAAAGUUAUACAUUGAAGUUUCAUACAUUGAAGAUGAUCAAAUUACCAGUUAAACUUCAGUACCUGUGUUGAAAAUGCCUAGAAAAAUAUGCAUUCAACAAUUGAAAAGAUGUGUGCAAAAUGCAAAUGCCAUUGCUUUGAAGAAAAAUUAUCAUUGAGGAGGAGACGAGAUGAUUUUAUGACUGUAGAAUAAACUAUGAAAGCAUGGAAGUGCAUGCUAUUAUAUAAAUAUUCAUUGUGCUUAUUUGAACUGCAUAUCUACCUAACCAAAUCUGUCUCAUCAACAGCCUAUUUUAUCAAAAUUAUAUCAAAAUUAUAUAUUACUUAUUUUAUAGAGUUCUCAACUUAAAGACAAGAAAUGAGUUCUUUGGAAAAGAAUUGUGUUCCUUCAUCCUCCAGAAUAGAACGUCUUCAGCAGUGGCGGCAAUGCUACCCCAGUGAUUUGAGUUGUCCUAUCUGUCUCCAAACCGCUAAUUUCCCUGUAGAAACCAACUGUGGACAUUUCUUUUGUGGCUACUGUCUAAUUGAAUACUGGAAACAUGGGUCCUGGCUGAGUGCAAUCAACUGUCCACUUUGCAGACAAAAAGUUGUUUUUUUGUACACCUGUUCUGAAAACCAGCCUGACAAGAAAAACAAGCGAACUUUCUAUGACAUCAGAACUUACAAUAAACGCUUCUCUGGACAACCUCAGUCUUUUAUAGAUCAUCUUUAUGACAUGCCAUUUCUUCUCCCUGUUAUGCUAAGAGGAAUCUUCACGCUAGCUGCCCUCAUGUGGAUCUUUCUCUUCAGAGUUGUCGUCUGUUUUUUUGGAACGAUCAUGUGCACAACCUGCCCACUUGAAGGGACGCUUGAACCUCUCUGUGGAAUCUUGCACACAGCUGAUAAUUUAGCUGUCAUUAUCUUACUUUUGAUUAGCUUUAUAAACAUUGGCCCUCAAAUGGAAUCAGAAGGUGCAAACAGGACGAUCUCUAGGGAAGAAACCAUUACCUUGGCAUCAUAAGGGAGGGAACUGUAUUGUCUCUGAAAAGUCAAAAUUAACCAGCCAUGACACAUUUUAAUGGACUAAUAGUGGACUUAGUUUGAAAAAGUGAUUAAGGGCUAAUGUGCUGUAUUGAAUUGUAAGCAAAUAAUAGAGAAUAUAUUAGCAGGAUGCUCUCAUGCUAAUAAAGGACUUAAAACCAGUGAGGUCUCUGAGUCUUUAAACAGGCAUUGCUGCUGUUUAAAGAAUACAUUUUAGAGUAGAGAAGACCAAAUAGUUGAUAUAUCCCUGAUUAGGAUAUUGAUGCUGAUAGUUAGGAACAGGCACAGGAAUUAGGAAACAGAGGGUACUGAGAAAAUAAGUCAGUGGCAAUACAGGAUAAAGUUUAUAUCUAAGUCUAGAUGUUAGUAGAGUAGAGUAGAGUACAGUAGGACCUCGAAAAGAUGGACGGCUAAGUCAACCUUGAGCUGGUAAGAUU